AAAAUGUUUAAUGCAUGAAUUUGGCCGUAUAAAGUGCACUACUUCAUGCUCUUGUUUCAUAGAUGUCAUCAGCUAAACACUCUUAAGGAGCACCAGCAGUUAAGGAUGUCGUCUCUACUUGGCUCAAUAUUGGUUCUGUUGUGUUUAGGCACUGCGAGUGCUCUUGAAUGGGAAGCCCUUGGAUGUUAUAAGGACAGUAGUGACCGCGCGAUGGGCAAUUACUUCCAUUCAGCUAAAUACGAUGCUCAAAAUCCGAAWUUCCAGGCUAUGUUCGAAGAGUGCCGAAUUAAAGCCGAAGCUGAAGGUUAUGACUAUUUUGGUAUCCAAAACAAGAUCGAAUGUUGGGGAUCAAAUGACGCAGAAAAAACCUAUAACAAGUAUGGCUGUGCUUCAAACUGCUUGGUGGGAAACGAUGAUGACUAUGGCAUAGGGCAAGAAUGGUCUAAUUUUCUUUAYCGGGUGAAGAAAGAGUGGACAAGCUGCGACAAUACGAAAUGCGUUCAGUAUAAGAUUGUGACUUMUCCAACCUCCAACAACGAUUGUCCCUCUUUUAACAAGGAGGUCAAAGUGACAGAAACUUCACGACCAUGUGAAAAUAAAGACAAAUGUGUUYUUGAUGGUGGGUGGAGUGAAUACUCAGAAUGGUCGGAAUGUACUGUAAGUUGUGGCGGUGGGACGAGAGAAAGAACUCGCACCUGUACAAACCCUGCUCCAGCAAACGGAGGCAAAAACUGUGAGGGAGAAAGUAAACAGACCCAAGCCUGCAACCAAAACAAGUGUGAGCCUAAACCCACUCCAGGUCCUAGCCCUGGUCCAGGUCGUUGUUCAAGCUGCAGUAGAUCUUGCGGAGGAGGUGUACAAACAUGUAGGUGCGAUGGUGGUCACGGGGGUCACGGGGGUCACGGAGGUCAUGGCCACGGAGGUCAUGGUCACGGAGGUCAUGGUCACAGAGGUCAUGGUCACGGAGGUCAUGGUCACGGAGGUCAUGGUCACGGAGGUUAUGGUCACAGAGGUCAUGGUCACAGAGGUCAUGGUCACAGAGGUCAUGGUCACGGAGGUCAUGGUCACGGAGGUCAUGGUCACGGUCACGGUUUACACUUUGGAAUAGGAUUAGGAUUUGGCAAAAGAACGCCUAGCGGGUCAUUUGAUAAAAGAAAGGAAAAUCCCAGUCUUAGUAAUGAUCCCUUUUUUGGUAUUGGAGCAAACCUAGGAAUCGGUUUCGGUCACGGUCACGGCCACGGCCACGGUUAUGGUCAUGGUCAUGGUCAUGGUCAUGGUCAUGGUCAUGGUCAUGGUCAUGGUCAUGGUCAUGGUCAUGGUCAUGGUCAUGGUCAUGGUCAUGACUUGCGAAUGAUAAGAGCUUCCAGAAUCACUCCUCGAGCAGAACGAAAGAUAACCAAUGAAAUAGAGGCAUACAUCUGUAAGGUCACGUUGCCAUAG